AUGAGUCUGGUAGUCAUUAACACUUUGCUCAUAUCAAGAAGAGUGUCGAGUAACAAGGGGGAUAACUCUCCAUCAACAGCAACACAAAAGCUUUUCUUUCUGUUAGUGUUGUUUAAAGCAAAACCAGCGAACCUCAAAUCGUUACUAAAUUUACACUGCAGAUCCUUCAAAUAUUUUCAAACUUUGAAAACUGAAGUUACAAUUCAUUUUGGCAUAUACAGGAUUAUCUACACCAGCAGUCUUAAGAACCACCAAUGGACGCACAUCAAUGGCCAUUACAGCUAUGAAAAACAAGAUGUCCUAUCCGACAACAGUGAUAGCGACAGCAGUUUUGAACGAGGGAAUUCACCACAGCCUCUUUUUCCUGACGUUAGCCCAAAAGAUCCCCAGGCCCCAAAUAACUCCAUGACUAAUGGCUGGUUAAAAUGCCAGUCAUGUCCAGAACAGCUCCCUAAUGUUGGCCUACUAGAACAGCACCAGCGUGUCCACCAUCUUGGCAAAGCUCCCAAUCAUACAAAUCAAGACCACAACAACUCCACAAAAGAUUUGCCAGUCCAUAUCGAGAUCCCUGAUGAUAGUGACUCUGAUUCGGCUGAUGAUGAGAAGGAUACAUUAUACAGAUGCGACCUUUGUGGCAAGCUGUUCACAGAGCCCACCCAGAUGUAUCGUCAUAAGCAAAGCCAUGCCGGCGUGAAAAUGUUCAUGUGCGACGUCUGCUCGAAAUACUUCACAGAACGCAGCCAUUUGCAGCGGCAUAAACGUACCCACACCGGGGAGAAGCCGUUUGCGUGUGACAUUUGUGGAAAGCAGUUUGCCCGCUCAGACAAACUGCUGCGACACAAGAGGAUCCAUACAGGAGAGAAGCCAUAUCCCUGCCCAAUCUGUGGCAAAGAGUUUGGGCGCUCAGAUAAAUUGUUACAGCACAAAAGAACACAUUUGGUAUAG